AAGAAAUACAAAAUGUUGAAAAAAAAACAAAUUCGACUACGAAUGCCACAACAAAGUAAAAUAAUAAAAUAUGGUAGAGCAGAAAUUACGAGCUGGUGAAAAAACGUAGAAAUGGUGACCACAAGUAAAAAAUAAGCAAAAGUCUGGUGUUGCGAAGAAAAUUAUGAUAUACAAAUUAAAAUUUACUUUCUAAUAUAUAUAGGAUUUUGUUUUGUAGGUUUAAGAAGUGAGGAGACUAACGCAUAGCUUUUGAACGCUGUAACAUGUAAAAAUAUGCAUUUCAAGAUGUCGUAAUUAACUAGGAUAUGGAUGCUGCAUCAGAACUUAAAAUUAAUCCGACAACAAAAAAUUUAAUAACAUUGUAAAAUAGAUUUGUAUAAUAAUCAACACUUCAUAUACCUACAUCAUAUAUCUUAAAUCACGUCAGUGCACAAUAACAAAAACUACUCAUAAAAAGAACAAAAUAAACAUAAUAAUUUCUGUAAAAAAAUACGCAUAAAAAUAAAGAAAAAAAUGACCGAGAAAGAAAUGCAAGCACACGAUUUCGUGCGGCGGCGUAACUGGUCGCGUGCCGUUUCGCUCUACGACCAAAUUUUAGCGCAAAUCUCGGCAGCUGCUGCCGCCGCCACAAUCGCCUCCGCCAAUGGCAACAACACCGCGGGUAAUAACAAUAAUGCAGCAUUGGCGCGUUCUCAAAAAGAUCGGCAAAUUGCCUGUCUAUUGGGCCGUUGCGUGAUGCUAGAGCUGAACCGCUAUGAGCAGUGCCUCUCUGAUGCGCGCAAAGUGCUGGCACUGCUUGCUGAUCAGUCGGCGGAUUGCUUGGCAAUGUAUCACGUGCGCGCCGUUGAGCUCGUACAUGCGCUAUGCAAGCUGAAAAAAUACAAUGAAGCUGAGCAACUGCUUCGCGAGUGGAUCGGCGAAUUGAGCGGCCAACAAAGUUUUUUAGAUAUUUCCAAAACACUGGAACGAUACAAAUCGAUCAUUCAAAUGAUUAACGGGCACAAGUCCACACAGAAGAUCUCACAAUCGCGUCUUGAAGACGAAAUGUCCAUAUUGGAUACAAAACUUGAUCAUUGGGCUACUAAUAAUCUGCCUUUGGACAAGUAUAGCAAGUUGCUGAGUAACAAAGGACUGAAGAAGACGCGUGAGGGUGGCAGCGAACGCGGUGGCGGUGAUGGUCGUGGUAACGGUGGCAAUAACUCUAAUAAUAUUGGAGGCCCUGGUCAACAUAAUGGCUCUCUAGGUAGCGGUGGUGGCAGCAGUAGUAUAAGUAGUAGUAGCAGUAGUGGAAGUGGCAGUUCUACAACGAUACUGCAAAAGACAACCGAUCUGUUGGCCGCGAUAAAAGUGACUGGCGGCAAGCAUGGCAUACCAAAUAUAGGUGUAGCCGCCGAAGAGAAUGACAAUGCCACUUACUGUUCCUACUGUGCUAUUAGUUUUGAAACACGUAAUGAAUUGCGGCAACAUUGCCAAACUGAACGCCAUCAGAAUGUCAUCAUGUCGUACGAGGGACGCGAUUGGAAGUGGAGGCCACCACCUCGCGGCUACACAUUGGAUUCAUACAGCUUGUGCGAGGCGUACCAAGAAUCACAGACGUGCCAUUAUGGCAAUCAAUGUGUUGAAGCGCACGGACAGGACGAACUAAAUGAGUGGAAAGAACGCUUCGAGUAUAGGCGCAUGCGUCUGCAGAAAGCCAGUGAAAAGGAGCUCUAUGGCAAGUCGUAUACAGAACAAAUAUUAGACCGGUGGAUACAAGCUACGGCACCCGAGCGCAUAAUGUGUGAGAAAGUAGAUGGCGUGGAAGUACGUUGCGAACAAGAAUUGGUAACGAGCAUCAGUUCGAAAAGCUCGAAACGUGAAUGGAUUUUUGUGUUGAAGUCAUCUCGCGUAUUGCGGGCCGUUGCAUUGUUGCAAGAUGCACAUCGCAAUCAUUUCGCCAUCACAGGCAUUAAAGUGGACAGUGCGGCGACUAUUUUCGAUCUAAAAUCUAAUCAAGAAUGGGUAUCUGCAACUCAUAAAGUGUCGCCAGGUGGAAAAGAUUCAAUGAAACCAGGAGGAGAGUUCAACGAUACAACGCUGUCGGGGCAUAGCAAUGCGACAACUGAUGUGCAAACCUCAAUGCUGGAACACAAAGUGACUAUAGAAUUCCACACAGAUAUCUAUGGUACUUUUCGCCAAACGGUAUGCUUUGACUUGGGCACCGAGCCAUUGCUUGUGCAACAACUUUGUGUCGAUGUAGUACCCGUUGGUGAUGCCGAGCGGAUUGAGGAGAUAAAACGCGACAUCAUCAACAGUUCGGUAACACGUUGGGAUAUAUCCAAUACGAAUUUAGUAAAAUUCGAGACCACCAUUGGUACACAUCUGAAGACUGAAGCCUAUUUGAAUGAUCUGAAGCACGAAAAAGAGAUGCUCGAACGGUAUCCUUGCCCACGCGCGCAAACAUUCACGUUGACGCAGUCUACUAUUGUUGAGAAGCGUCUCACUCAGCAUAACUAUCGAUCUCGCAUACAUGAAUUACUGUAUGUGGAAGAGAUUGCACGUUACGAGCAAAUUGCGCGCUACAACGUGCGCACAAAACUGACUGUGACAUCCAAUUAUAUACUGACGCCAGCGGGCAUGGCCACUAGCACAGCUAAAUUUUCACUUACGGGUGAAUUAUUUGCAUUAAUGCGGCUGGGUAAAGAUAUUUCGGAAGAUACAUCAGCUGGACGUUUGAUACUGUCAAAUUGCUCUAGCGUUUAUAUAAGUGCUCCCGAAGAACUGCACGUACUAAAGGAUCGAAAACGCAAUGUUUAUGAGGCCACCAUCGAAGAUAAGGGCAAGAAUGUGAUCUAUCUAAAACUAUCCGCCAAAUGUGUGGAUGGCAUGAAUUUGAAGGCUGACACCGAAAUCGAAGUAGACAUACAAUUUCAACUGAAUCGCUUGCCGUACUGUGAAUGGCACAAUGCAGUUGAUAAAAUAACUGAUUUCAAGAUAAUAUUUCCUGCCACAGAAAUUGAACCGAACAUACCGUGGACACCGAAAAAGCAGUGGUCGGAUGCUUGUGAGCCAAAGUUAAAUGCGAAACAACGCGAGGCCGUAAAUGCCAUCACUACAUCUCUAAGCAUUAAACUGCCGCCCAUUUUACUGAUCGGUCCAUUUGGCACUGGUAAAACAUAUACGCUUGCGCAAGCGAUAAAGCAGCUUU